AGGAAAUUUAUUAACUAAUUCCAAGCCUAGCUAUGAGUUGAAAAAUGGGUUUUUAAAUUUGAUCUGGAAAGGUCUUAAUUGUCCUGAUAUAGAAGAACUGUUACUAAUAUUCCAAUGCUUUGAAAUGAGACAGACAAUACAACAGGCUACAAUCUAUUCUGAUGUUAACAACUUGAAAAUGGAUUUAAACACUUGUGGGAAUAGUCCUGUUGACCAGCCGAUACCAGCCAAGGGAUUCUGUCAUCUUUUAUCCGGUUGCCCUCAAUGUUGAAUGACGCGCUCAAGAUAACACGUAUUUAUAUUCGGCAGCGCAUUAGACCAUAAAUCAAUCUGUCCUUCCUUCGCGACUCAUCUGACUCUCUGUAGGUCUGUAACGUCGUCAGUGCAGUGUCAGCAUUGAAACUCAGCGAUGUCUAUGGUGCUGAAAUGGUUCCUCGUUUCUUUGUCCCUCUGCUCUGCCGUUAGCGCGGCAAGUAUGGGCGCAAAUAAUGCCAAUAAACAAGCUCCCCAAGGGUAUCUGGUUUUGGACACCAGUGCACCGACGAGCUGCUAUGAUAUACCGAGUAACACUGUCUGCCCGGCUUCAUUUUCCCACCAAGUUCCUGGGGCUGACGCAAUGCCGACAGCCUUGGCUAAUGUAACUCUUCAGAAUGUGCAAGUCGAGUUAAACCGUGUGGCCGUUUUUAAAGGUACCCCGAAGUGCCUUGAGGAUCUUCGCGAAUAUUCAUGCUCUAACUCGCUAAUGCAGUGCACGCCGAACAAGCAGUCACCUUACGGUUUCGUAUUGAAAUACAACGUAAACCGGACCAGGCGAGCCUGCGCAAAUGUCAAAAAAUCAUGUUCUCUUCCUGUUCAAGCGGCAACGAUUCACAACUGCGCCAUCAUUCAGACAAACCCUUACGACUUCGCGAUAUGUGAAAAGCAUACUGUUGUCCCUGGUGACGUCUGUUCAAGAACAGAUUACAUGUAUCCGAAAGCCUUUACGAAAUUCUACCCAAUCAAUACGAAUGGCUUUAAAGUACAGAUUUCUCAAUUUUCCAAAGUUGCCAAUAUAACAACGAAUCAUUCAUGCCUAAUGGAGUUUAUAGACGUAUACUGCAAUAUCUUGCGUGGUCCUAUUUGUUCGCUAAUGACUAAGCGUAUUUUCGCUAUUAGUCAACAGGAUUGCUCUAAAACAAUAACAAAAUGUAUUGUAAAUCCUGGUCACAAGGCGCAUUUACUGGAAGUUUGCAAGUCACUUCCGGAUGAAAAUUUUCCAAAAAUCGACCUUCCUGUAGUCUCCAACAGCAACAAUGCUGGAAAUUCUGCUGCCGGAAAGUAAUUGGACAUCUAUAGUGAGUUCUAUAUAUAAACAUCUGAAGUGAGAAUGCGCCCAUAUACAUGCUUGCGAGCCAGAUUUCUCAGUUUUUGUUUUUAAACACUUGGUAUCAGACAACUAUUUCAUCGCUUGUAUAAGGAUUCAGUCUUUUGAAAAUAUGAAAAUACCCCGCAGAUUUAUAUGAAUCGAAGCCCAUGGCAGUCCCGUUGAAUGGUCCCAGUUAUAGAUCCUAGUUCUAAUCUGCACCCUUAGAGAUAGCCGUGUGUCCGCAGAGGUUCUAUAUUCGUUUCUAGUCGGUAGGAAAUUAUAAAAAUAUUUUUUUAAAUAACCCUAUACUUCCCAUGCACAUUUGCACGUAAAAAUUUAAUUGGGACCAUUCCUACGUGGGCUGUCCUCGUUAGUAGGGAGUUUAAGCUUCACGUUAAACUCCAGGCGAAGAAACAUUUUUGGCUAAACGGCAAUAAAGAGCAAAUGGAUUUAAUUUUUGAAACCCAAAGUGAGACCCAAAGCACAAUCAAUGUUUAAACAUAAGAAAAAAAUGACACGAAUAAGUCGAACGAAAAUUCUGCGACGAAAGUUAGGCCUUGCUGUUUACCUGAAAUAGAAGUUUAAAAGUUUAUUAUUGGGACUAUUGUUGCAAUCUGGGCAUCGCAAAUAUUGAAACAUUGGAAGUUCUCACUUCGAUAUGUAUUGUCUCACUUUUUUUUUAUCCUCUAAGAUAAAUAGCACUAAAUAUAUAAGCUCGGAAUAUAAACGUUUAUUGCACGUUAAAAUGGUGGGUUGUCAUAUAGAUAUAAUUUCAAAGUGAUCUCAGAAAUCUGUAGUUUUACGCAAACUACCACUCAUAUGUAUUUCUGUUGAUGCUAUAAAUAUAAUAUGUAUUUCUAUUA